UUUGUUGUGGUGGUGGUGGUGGUGGUUUUUUUGUUUGUUUGUUUUGCUUUGCUUUUUGUUUGUUUAGUUUCUUUCCCUGUCCUUCUAACACUGUUGGCUCUUUCCUCUUUUUAAUCUACUAGCGCUGCUACCUCCAAAAGACACAUUUUGAAAAAUAGAAAUGGACUGAGAAAUGGCUCAGUAGAUAAAAUGCUUGAUAUGCAAAAGUCUAUGUUGUAACCCCAAAACCCACUUUUAAAAAAAGAAAAAGGUGCUGUGCCUGAUGGGAAACUUCCUAGAGCUCAUUGGCCAGCCAAAGUAGCUAAAUCCUUGGCUCCAAGUUCAGUGAGAGAUUGGGGGUUGGGAGAACCAACAGUACAGCCACGUGACAAACGUCUUUUAAAAUAAGGUUGGGCCUUAAGUCAGUAAAAAGAGUUGACAUCUAGAGUUCUGUGCUAGGAAUCCAAAUGGUGGAUGGAGAGUGUUAAACCCAGGUCACCGAGUGUCAUUGUGUCCCCCCCCUCCCCCAGCCCAAACUACCUGGAGACCGAGUCCCAUAUGCAAAAACAAAGAGCCAUUAUUCUUAUGCAAGUUUGCAAACUUGGUCUCUCUGUGUGUUUAACGUAUUGGAGUGAUCCGAAAGCCCUGAGCUCAGAGUUGGGUUUUUAUAGUAACAAAGGUGGGGGUGAGGGAUUUCUAAGAUUCAGAACCCCUGAUUGGCUGACAUUUGUCUAGGGGUGUUCUAGUGAAAAGCGAUGGGUAUGUGCUGGCAGGUGGUCCUAUCUACGGUGGUUGGUUGGAGCCUAAGGAAUUUCCUGGGUGGUCUCAGUUUGUGGUGUUUCUCUGAACCAGGUAUUGCCUCGGGGUAAACUACUGACUCUGACCUCUAUUGAGCUUGUCACGGCUGGGUCCUAUAGAGAGAACCGACAGCAGCUCACUAAAGUUUUUUGACUUUGUUGCAAAAGAAGGUCAAAGUUUAACUUUUCUCCAGCGAACAAGCUUACAGAUUUAUGUCACUCCAAGAAGUAAACAAACAUGCAGUUCUUCCUCCCAUCAUUAGUAGAAGUGACAAGGAGUUUUUGGAAAGCAUGCAAAGAUACAUAAUUACAGAAACCAAGAAAGUGGGCUGCAACGAGGAAGGACCUGCUGAGGAGUAUUACACCAUAUACCGAAAUGUUUUUGAUAAGAUAAUAGACUAUGUCAAUUCAUACAAGUCCAUUCUUACUUCAAUCAAAAAAGAAUAUGAUGCCUUUAUUGAGACAAUAAAGAAAGGCCGAAGAACUGCUUUUUAUCUUCAUGGGAAACUUAAAGUAAUGGCAGCAGAGCCCACAGCACUGGUGUAUCACCAGAGAAGAGCCAUCCAACUUGAAGCAAAAGUGAGGAUUAUUGAAAAUAAUUCCAAAGUGAUUCAGUCGCAAAUAGAGGAGAUGAAACAGCUGAGGGCAGAGUAUGACAAGAAGGAGGUGAAGCUCUGUGCUUCCACCAGGCAGCUCUGGAGACCCAUCCCAGGGAUGACUCUUCAAGAUUCUGUCAAUCUGGAUGCUCUCAAUAAAUAUAAGCAGCAUCUUGAAGAUAAAUAUAUAAAGUGUAAGCAAGAUAUGUCAACACAGUAUGUACCAGCCCAAAAGAAGACUGACCUGGAUGAAGAAAUGAUUGUGUUACUGAAACGCCGAGAUUUAGCUGAAAGUCUGAACAAAGACCUGCAGUUUCGCCAUCAAAGAAUGCAGGUUAUUUCACACAUACUUACUUCAUGGCUGAAGCAUAACUUGAGAAUCCCAUUUGAAGACAUCUUGGAGAAAAUUCAGAAAACCAAAGCAGUCUUCGGUAAUGAAAGCAUUAUUGAUGAGCUGUUUGAAGAUGACCCAAGCAAAACGAAAGAAGCUAUAAUUAUUCUUUACUACAUUGAAAGGUUCAAUGAAUUAAUCUCCCUUGGCGAAUAUGAGAAGGCAGCUUCUUUUGCAGCAAACAGUCCAAGAAGAAUUCUUCAAAAUAUUGGUACAAUGAAUAAAUUUAAGGCUGUUGGAAAAAUUAGAGGAAAACCUCUCCCAUUACUCUUGUUUUUUGAGGCUAUAUUUAGCACAAGUCAGGCCUUCAAACGCCCUAUUAAUGCUGACCUAACCGUGGAGGGAAUCAAAUGUGGACUAUCUGAAAAACGGCUUGAUUUAGUUACCCAUUGGGUCACCCAGGAAAAGCUGACAUUUUCUGAGAAGGCUGGGGAUAUUGUUUUUGCUUAUGGGGAGCAGAACACAUACCACAGGCCUAACUGCUUGGCUUUAGCUCAGAUUAUCUACAAUGAAUGUGGUUUACACAAGAAAGCUCUUCUUUGCCUGUGUAAACAGGGUCAGAUUCAUGAGGCUGUGGAACAGAUGCAACAGUUCAAGGACUUCACCUUUGAUGACCUGAUAAACCUAAUAACAGCGUGUCCCCAAGCUGAGUUAGUUAAAUGUCUUACUCAAGAAAGGGAUGGAAAACCACCAUUUUUAUCUUUUGCGCUUGCUGUGCUUCAUCUGUUUUCUGUGGACAUGAAAAAAGUUGGUAUUAAGCUGCUUCAGGACGUCAGUAAAGGUGGAAAAGAUGAAAUAGAGCAUCUUGUGAUGGGCGAUUCAUUUUGCUCCUUAGAAAAAUGGCAAGAUAUGGCAAAUAUCUGUUUACAGAAUGGUUUUGAAAAUUUGUCUAAUGACAUCAUGUCCAUUCUUCGAUCCCAGGCUGGAGUUUCAGAAAUUUCUGAAGAUGAUUCCACGAACUUAAUGGAACAUGUUUUUUGGUAGUUCUACAUUUUAUCCAGCUGAGGGCGCUUGUACAACAUUUUAUAGACUUUGGCUGGGUGAACUGGUUUUAGCAUAGUUAACAUAAAUAAAUGUUAAGUAUAAUGCUCUCAGCAAUAAAUGACACUUCCAUUAUGA